AUGGAUGUUACCCCUCGCCUUUCACGGUCGUGUUCAUCGGCCUCGCGCAAAUCUGGCCUCACCCUGGACCUCUCCAACUUGCCUCCUUUGACGCAACCCACGCCGCCAUCAAAUACCCUCCUCUUUACCGGCCUCAACAACACAGAUAUCUUCCGACCAGACAACUUGGAGCGAGUCCGAGGACUGGUUGCCAAGAUAGCACCUAUCCACGCCUUUGCGCCGCUCAAGUCGUUCCGUCGCAUCGUCAUUUCCUUCUUCGAUAUCGAUUCCUCCAUCGCUGUCCGUCAAGUUUGGGAUGGCGAAGCUAUCCUCGGUGAUCGCUGCAGAGUCUACUUUGGACAGCAGACAAAUGUCGAGGCCAAGGACGAGCAUCUAGCUCUCCCUGAUGCUGGCAAGUUGUUCUUCAUCUCACCGCCACCCAGCCCUCCCCAUGGCUGGGAGGUCCGCCUGGAGGACGCUCCGAACAAGCAGGUGCACGCCGAAGACUUGGCUGAAGCAUUGUCUAAACUGCGCAACACCCGCCCAGGACUUGAGUCCCCUAUCAGCCCCGUGGACGGACCUGCUGCUAGUGGGAGCACGAGAAGUCGUAGCUCGACCCUCAUCUACCGUCCGGAGGAGAAUGGGUGCAGCCCAGACCUGCCUGCCGUCUUUGUUGAGGAUAUGACGGAAGAGCCUGAACUCAUAAGCCCUAUCGACGGUUGCCGACCUAUCAUGGCACAUACCGCCCGCCCCCCAGUUGAGCUGAUGCACGAUGCGUAA